GUUGCUGCCCCCCCCCACGCUAAGCGCCGUCGCAAGAGGCCCAGCCGGAUCGAGGCAGCCGCUACGCCGUCGCAGUGACGCACGUGCGGCGCACAACAUACGAGCAUGGCCCACUACUACGGCCGCGACACGAUCGACGACCUCCUGAGCGGCGCGCGCAGCCCGCCCCGCAAACACCAGUCGCCCACCGAACGCUACAUGCGCUCGCCCCUGAGCGAGCUCAUCAACGACGCGCGGCGGGCGCAGCGGCGAAAAAGCUGCGACGAUAUUUUGAGGGAGGCGCGCGAGGCCGAGCUGCAGUCGGAGUCCGCGCGAUUACGAGAAGAGAUUUCGAGGUUGGAGGCCGAGCGCGCCGCGGCCAAGCGCGCGUACGCCGAGUCCAAGCCGCCGCCGCCACCACCAUCGCCUCGCCAAUUGUACGACACGCUCGGCGUGUCAAGGGACGCCUCAGACACGGACAUCAAGAAGGCGUACCGGAAGCAGUGCCUCCGGCACCACCCCGAUAAAGGAGGGGAUGCAGAAGCGUUCCAGAAGGUCAAGGACGCCCACGACGUGUUGAGCGAUCCGCAGAAGCGGGCGGUCUACGACGCGAAGGGCGACCGAGGACUUAAAAAAAUUGAGGAGGUGCUGCAGACGAAGGAGUACGAUGUGGUGAAGCCCCAACCGAAAGUCGUCGUCUGCUCCGCGACGUUGGCGGAUAUCGCGUGCGGGGGUGCUGCUGCUCUCAAGUUUCGGAGACGGGUCGGCUGCGCUUGUUGUGGAGGUACUGGUGCGCGUCUCGACAGAGCGGAGCCGUGCCUCGCGUGCGACGGGUCAGGUGUAUUGGUGAUGCCGACGGACGGGUUCCGGCUGGAACGGCUGCCCUGCGGCGCGUGCGACGGGUGCGGCGUGCGGGCGCCGGAGUGCCGCGAGUGCUGCGGCGCCGGCUUCCGGGUCGAGGCGGGAUCAUGUUCUAUAGAAAUUCCGAAGGGUGCCGAGGACGGUGCGCGCAUCACUGUUGAGGAUGAAGGCGAUAUUGGAGUGUGUGGGACGAGAGGAGAUUUGGUAGCUAUCAUUCGGGUCGAGGACGACGACCAAUUUUAUAGAAGAGGCGCCGACCUUAUUUUGAAGACGCCGCUGAAAGUGUCGUUGCGGGACGCGCUCGGAGGCACGGUCGACGUGGCGGCCUGUGUGGAAAUCAAUCAGUGUGUCGGGUCUUCACUAAGUCAUUUCUCGGCGAUGACGCGGCCGUGCUGGCCCCGUCGAGCGGCGAGGAAUCGGCAUCGCCACGCCAUCGAGCAAGCGCCGCGUCGAUGGCGUGGAGGUCGACGCGACGAUUCAGCACGAACGCGCCAUAAAAUUUGGAUUUUCACACAGGUGGCGGCGCCGACCCUCGACGCAUCAGUCCGCAUCCGGACCUCUCCGGGAACCGUUGUGGCGCCGGGGCGCUUCUACGCGUCCGAGGGCUUAGGGUUGCCCGCGCACGAGGGCUACCUGCGGGGCCGCCUCGUCGUGAGCUUCGACGUCGAGUUUCCCGCGCGCCUGUCCGAGGCGCAGGCUGUUAGUGUUGCGAAGGCGCUCGACGGCGAUCCCGGUGCGGCGACCGACGGCGGCAGCGCGGCGCCCGAGGCCGCGCCGCCGGACGGCGCCGACGCCUACGUCUACCCCUACGAGCUCGACAAGCCCCCAGAGACGCCCCGGGAGCGCGUCCCGCCGGAGUUCGUGCCGGACGGAUGUUCUCAAAUGUAGUAGAGGGGCGCCACACUAGGAGAGCAGAAUUCCUCCAGGCUUAAGUAAAUCACACAAAC